AUGAAACAAGGUAUCUUCACAGAAGUCCCACCCAGCAAGAAGUCAUCGGCCGCCUCCACCGCCACCCGCCACCACCGCCCCCACCGCCACCGCCCCCAUAGCCCGCAAGACGCCCCCAUAGCCCACAAGAAGUCCGCCCCCAUAGCCCACAAGAAGUCCAAGUCAUCCACGGCCACGGCCACGGCCAAGUCAUCCACGCCCACCACCACGGCCACCAAGACCAAGUCCACCACCAACAAGAAGUCAUCCACCAAGACACAACCAGCUAAAGUGGCAUCCACCGCAAAGUCCACUGUAUGGGGCUCCUAG